UGGGGGAACUCGAUAAGAAGACGGACCACGGAAAAAUAAAUAAACUCAGAAAUACCGAUAUACAAUUAUCGAUGUUUUCGACAAAAUUAUGCUGCAUUAAGGGAUUUUCCAGCAGUCCUCUUCUCUUUCUGAAGCGUGCUCUUCUCUCCUUGUCUCAUCGUCAGUGCACAGUCACUAAUACGUUUGAAGCACAGUGUAAAUCUAAACCUCAGAAGCAGGUUUGUAAGACUGUACUGAAGCAUUUUGAUGCACAGUACAGUGAAGAGCUCGGAGACCAGUGGCGCAAUGCAAGGGAUGUGCUUCUGAAUCCACUCUCAUGGCAGUACGGUGUACUGCUGAAUCGCUUCAGUGACCUUACCAACCUCAAGCAGUGCCUCACAGAGCUUGGAUACACGAACCUCCUUCCACAGACGCAUCCUGAAUCCCGUUCCCAAACCACACCCAUCCCCCUGCAGUGUUUUAUUCACAGAGAUCCGGUGCGAAUUCCUACCCAAAGUCACCACCCCGGCUGGUUAAAACAGUACUACCUCCUGAACGCAGCCUCUCUUCUUCCAGUACUGAGUUUGAAUGUGAAGGAAGGGGAGCGUGUGCUUGAUCUUUGUGCAGCUCCUGGGGGGAAAAGUCUGGCGGUAUUACAGACAGCCACUCCUGGGCUCCUGCAGUGUAAUGAAGUGGAUCAGCACAGACAUGAUUGGCUACUGAAGACUCUGGAAUCCUAUGUUCCUCCUCGGCUACGACAUCUGCUUUCAGUGACUCACCUGGACGGCCGGAGCAUUGGGAAGACGCGGCCAGGGGCUUACGACAAGGUGCUUGUAGAUGCCCCGUGCUCUAAUGACCGGAGUUGGCUUUAUACCCCUGAUACCCACCAAGGGGAAAUGUGGCUGAAGGAGAGGACUCAGCUACCGCUCUUACAGAAGGAGCUGCUCUGUUCGGCCCUAGCAGCAGUGCGUCCUGGAGGAGUGGUCGUGUACUCCACAUGCACCAUGUCACGAGCUGAGAACCAAUCAGUUGUGGAGGCGGUGCUUGCAUCUUAUCAAGGAGUGGAGCUUUUGGAACUGGAGCCACACUUAAUUGACUCUCUGUCUGAUCAUUUCUGCUUCGCUCACUUUCAUCCUUCAGUGGGACAGUUAGUGAUCCCACAAAAGGGUCAAACUUGGGGACCUAUGUAUGUUUCUCGAUUACGAAGAAUAUAUUAAAAAUGUAAAAACAUUG